GUGAAGGACCAGCAAGGCAGCGAGGUCCAGUUCAAAAUCAAGAAGACAACUCCUCUGAGGAAGCUCAUGGAUGCCUAUUGCAGCCGCCUGGGCCUACAAGCAUCCCAGGUUCGGUUCAUGGUGGACGGAGAGCGAAUCGCUGCCGAUGACACGGCCGAGAAGCUGGGACUCGAGGACGAGGAUUUGAUUGAUGUGGCCAUGGAGCAGACAG